UCUCUCCGCUGCUUCUUCUUUAGGUCUGUACUCAAACCCAAAUCCCAAAAUCCCAAAUUUCCAAAUCCCAAAUCGUAAAUUGUAUCCGUUUUCUUCGUCCUCACUCUCUUUACCAUUCUUGUUCCUCUGACCCAUUUCUAAAAAAAACUCAAUUUUUCGUUCUUUCCACUGAUUUGUUUCUCUCGUCGUGCUUUUCUUCUUUACCCAUUUGGGUUCAGGUAGGUUUGAGAAAUUUUCAGUGAGAGAGAGGGAGAGAAAAGUGAAAGGCUUUCAUUGGUUUUUAGGGUUUCAGUGUUCAGCUUCACAGAUUUUUCUCAUCACGCUUGGAUUUUGGCCCAAUUUUGCUCGACACUUCUGGGUUUUCUUCUCCGAGCCAACAUCUUCCUGUGAACGUUUUAGAAACUAUCGAAUGCGAUGAUAGAAACGGAGGCUAUUGAGGGGAAACGAACGAAAGGAGGGUUCCUAAAUCUGUUUGAUUGGCCUGGUAAAUCCCGGAAGAAGCUCUUCUCCUCUACCAUCACCUUAGAACCCUCCGAAGCAUCAAAGCAAGAGAAACAAAAUACUCAAAACCCCUCAAAGUCAUGGCACUCUCCGAAGAUUGAUGAGAUUGGAAAGAAUUCGACUUACAAUCCGAGAAGCGACUCGAGUUGUUCGACAUCCACUGUUACUAGUGAUGACGGACAAGGUUCAAGAGCCCCGAGUGUAGUCGGGAGGCUCAUGGGUUUAGAGUCUCUACCUGUGUCAAAUUCCCUGAAACCUCGGUCAAAUUCUGAUUUUGAUCCAUUCUUCCUCAGAUCUUCACGCAAGGCAAGUACAUGGGAUGCCUAUGAGAAUUUGGGUUAUGUAAAUCUCCGCACUGACUAUGAUGGUAUUUCUUGGGACCAUUUGGAUUCGAGAACGAAUAACGAGCGUACCCGGCCUAUUGACCGCUUUCAAACAGAGACGUUACCUCCACGGUCAGCUAAACCAAUCUCUGUCACUCACAGUAGGCUUUUGUCACCUAUCCGGAGUCCUGGCUAUGUUCAGUCCAGAAAUCCUGCUUAUGUAAUGGAAGCAGCUUCGAGAGUGAUUGAGCCUAGUCCUCUGAUAGCUGCUAAGCCAAGGUUUUCACCAUCUGAUUCUUCUUCAUCGUUUCCAAUGAGGAUCAGAGAUCUGAAGGAGAAACUAGAAGCUUCACACAGAGGACCAAGCCCUCAAAUCUCUAAUGGUACCCGCAACAAUAAGUAUUCAAGAGGAAAGCACGACGAUAAGAGAACUACAUCAUCACUCAAGACACAGGAGACAAAUACGUUAUUGGGUAAAACCAGUUUUGAUGGUUUGAAGGGUAAAGUGAAGCCGCCUUCUGUAUCUGCGCACGCAAAGGCCAAUACUAUUCAUAAGCAAAACAGCUCAACGACCUCAAGUGGCAACAGAGGCCAGAAGGAGAAGAUGGACACUAAGAACCGUGUGAUAAAAAAUGGUCUCAAAGAAUCUUCUGCUAGCACUGGGAAAACUGUGGUCAAGCCAAAUAACCAGAAACAGAACCAAUUCGCUGUGACGUCUGUUUCAAACCAGAAAGGCAGCAAAGUGAUGAACAAAGUUGUAAACAAGGUUUUGGUAGAAAGCGGAACUACAUCUAAAAAGCCUGGUUUUACAGCAACAUCGGCGGAAAAAAACUCUACUUUACCUUUCUCCCGCAAAAAGAAUCUUCCCCGCAACAAAAAACCGCCAAGUGGUGUCCAAGAACCCGGAAAUAUCAACGAUAAACGGAUCAAAAGGAGUGAAAAGUUGAUAAAAUGUAACAUCACCGUUGAUGGCCGGUUGAAGACAGAGGAAGAUGAUCGGAAGAAGGACAUGGAUGUGAUUUCGUUCACUUUCUCAUCCCCGAUCAAGGGUAUAUCAUCGGAUUCACGAUCCUCCACUAAAAAGACAGAUCAAGAUAGACAGUGUGCGCUUAGUUUCAGUGCGAUCGACGGUGAUUCUCUAAACAUUCUGUUGGAACAAAAGCUCGGGGAGCUAACCUCUAAGAUUGAGUCAUCUAGCAGUAGCCUUACCCAAGAAGAAGAGUCUUCGUGUUCCAUUUCAAAGGAUUGGGUGAAUGGGACGAUAUCAUUGCCAUCAGAUGAUCUGGAUAAAGUUUCAUCAGAGAGCGAAUCUGUUUCUGACUCUACUUCAUUCUACAAUAACCGAAAAUUCCAGGUAGAAGAGCAGGAAGUUAACAGCUUCAGCAAUGUAACAGAAGCGGAGGAUCUCCAGAUAUCCUGGAGCGAGAGUAUCUCAAGUUCACACAAUGAACCUCACCAUGAGAUUGAAGAAAGAGAACUCUCAGUAGCAGAAGCUGAAGAAGGCUAUGACUGGGAGCUCGAGUACAUAAACGAGAUCAUAGCCUCUGGGCAACUGAUGGUUAAAGAAAUCUCCUUGGGGGUGGCUACUGAUAUAUUACCUUUCAACCUUUUCGAUGAACUUGAAGGUAAGAGAGAUGCACGGGGCAAGAUCGAGAGAAUGACGCUGUUUGAAUCUGUGAAUCAGUGCUUAACACUCAAAUGCGAGAAGAUGUUCAUGGGAAGCUACAGAGGAUUGCUGGGGAAAGAAGGGGUUUUGUUUGAAAGGAAAGAGAUUUUAGCUGAAAAAGUGAAGAAAGAGAUUGAGGGAUUGAAAAAGAUGAGAGAGAUGAUGAUGGAUGAGCUCGUUGACAAUGACAUGAGUAGUUUCGAAGGGAAAUGGCUUGAUUACGAGAGAGAGAGUUACGAAGAAGCAGUUGAGAUUGAAGAAGAGAUUUUUUCUGAAUUAGUUGAUGACUUAGUUAUUGAUCUUCUCUUGUGUUUCUAACAAAGCAAUCUUCUUCAUGUUUGUCCAAUUUCACACAAUGAUUUGUUGUUUCUA